AUGAAGUUUUCGAGAAGAUUGAAGCUGUUCAAUAACUUCAAUGAUUGUCAGAUGCUUCUGCUCAUCUCAUGCAUGGCCGUGAUUGGAAUCGUAAACUCGAUUCCGGUCGACAAUGGAGUUGAAGGAGAGCCCGAAAUCGAAUGCGGGCCCAGCUCAAUUACUGUGAACUUCAACACAAGGAAUGCAUUCGAAGGCCAUGUCUACGUCAAGGGCUUGUUUGACCAGCCCGCUUGUAGGAAUGACGAAGGUGGUCGGCAAGUUGCUGGUAUCGAACUGCCUUUCGAUCAGUGUAAUACUGCUAGAACUAGGUCACUCAAUCCUCGUGGUGUGUUCGUAUCCACGACGAUUGUUAUCUCGUUUCACCCACAAUUUGUCACAAAGGUUGACCGAGCAUAUAAAAUUCAAUGUUUCUACAUGGAAGCCGACAAAACUGUCAGCACGGAGAUCGAGGUAUCAGAUCUGACCACAGCCUUCCAGACCCAGGUUGUACCUAUGCCUGUCUGCAAGUAUGAAAUUCUUGAUGGGGGACCAACCGGAGCACCUAUUCAUUUCGCGACCAUUGGCCAACAGGUGUAUCAUAAAUGGACCUGCGAUUCAGAAACCACCGACACCUUCUGCGCUGUUGUACACACCUGUACUGUCGAUGAUGGCAAUGGAGACACUGUGCAGAUCCUUAAUGAUGAAGGUUGUGCUCUCGAUAAAUUCCUUCUCAACAAUUUGGAAUAUCCGACGGAUUUGAUGGCUGGACAAGAAGCUCACGUUUACAAAUAUGCUGACAGGUCGCAACUAUUCUAUCAAUGUCAAAUCAGUAUCACAAUCAAGGAACCAAAUACUGAGUGUCCACGUCCACAAUGUCCAGAGCCUCAAGGAUUCGGUGCAGCUAAGACUGGAAGUGGUGCUGGUGCACCGCAAGCUAAGGUAGCUGCGGUGGCUGCUAAUGUAGCUGCUAAUGCUGCAGCCCAGCUGCGAUUGCUAAGGAAGAGACAAGCAGGAUUGGAGAGCACGCUGGACGUACGAGCUGAGCUAAGUGCUUUGGAUAUUCACGACAAGUGUGUUCGAGAUUUGGUUUUGUCUAUGAUGGAUACUCCAUUCCAGAGUGAUGAGCUUCCUGAUGAGUUGAGGAUGAUCUCUCCACUUACGGGCGUUCCUCAUGGUAUUUGCCUGUCACCAUUUGGUUUCUCAGUUUUCGUGGGAGCUGCGAUGUCUCUGAUUGCUGCCUCUGUAGUGUUUGCAUCAUACUCACUUCGCACUAGNAAUAACUGCAAAGUCUGA